AUGGCUCCAGAGAUCAGUGAUGGAAGGACCCAGGGCCUGUGUCGGGGAUACAUUGUGGGUGGUGACAGUUGUGAGGGACUCAAGGAGCGCCACCCGCACUGCCCGAAAUUGCAGAGUUAUUUUGCUGCCUGUGAAGAUGAGACCCCAGCCAUCCGAAACCACGAUAAGGUCCUGCAGCGUCUCUGCGAGCACUUGGACCACGCUCUGCUCUAUGGGCUACAGGAUCUCUCUUCCGGCUACUGGGUCCUGGUGGUGCACUUCACCCGAAAGGAAGCCAUCAGGCAGAUUGAGGUGUUGCAGCACGUCACCACCAACCUGGGGCGCAGCCGGGCCUGGCUUUACUUGGCCCUCAAUGAAAACUCGUUGGAGAGCUACCUGCGAUUGUUCCAGGAGAACCUGAGCCUGCUGCACAAAUACUAUGUCAAGAACGCUCUGGUCUGCAGCCAUGACCAUUUGACACUCUUCCUCACCCUCGUGUCUGGGCUGGAGUUCAUCCGAUUUGACUUGGAUCUGGACGCUCCGUACUUGGAUCUGGCCCCCUACAUGCCCGACUACUACAAACCGCAGUAUCUGCUGGACUUUGAAGACCGGCUGCCUAGUUCGGUCCACGGCUCGGACAGUCUGUCCCUCAACUCCUUCAACUCGGUCACCUCCACUAACCUGGAAUGGGACGACAGCGCCAUCGCGCCAUCGAGCGAGGAUUAUGAUUUUGGAGAUGUGUUUCCGGCAGUGCCGUCUGUCCCCAGCACAGACUGGGAAGAUGGAGACCUCACGGACACCGUCAGCUGCCCCCGCUCCACCGCCUCAGACCUGACCAGCGGCAAGGCCUCCACCAAGAGCCCCACGCCGCGCUACAACCCCUUCAAUGAGGACCGGCCGGAGGUCGUGUCCUCCUCCGAUACCACCCCUGUGCACACGGCCUCUCAGGACAAGGGGGAGGCCAGGGCCUCGGACCUGCAGGAGGCUAGCACAGAGCUGGAAGUGAUCAGGGUCACCAAGAAGAAGAAGACGGGCAAGAAGAAGAAGGCCAGGUCAGAAGAGGAGGCCAGCCCCCUCCACCCUGCCUUGGGCCAGCCCAAGGGCGCCAAGCCCGGCAGCGGCGAUAGCUGCCUCAAUGGCCCUGAGCCCAGAGCGGACCCUGGCAGCACGGCACCGGCUUCCCCUCAGGAGGCCGGUGAGGGACCGGGCAGCGCCGCCGAGAGCAGCGACCGUUCGGAGCUCAGCCAGAUUGGCCUGCGCAUCCCCGAGAUGAAGGACACGUCCAUGGACAGUGUGGGCCAGCCCCUGAGCAAGGUCAUGGACCAGCUCAACGGGCAGCUGGACCCCGGCGGCUGGCCCUCCCGUGCCGAGCGAACCGACCAGUCCUUUCGGAGUGGCUCCCCCGGGGACACCCCGGAAAGGCCACCGCCAUUUUGCAACUUUAGCGAAGGGAUUGCAGCCCCAAUGGACUUCUACCGCUUUACCGUCGAGAGUCCAAACGCUGCUACAUCAGGUGGUGGCCACCAUGACGCUGCAGGGCCUGGCCAACCGCUACAUGUUCCUCGUAGCCCUGAGGCUGCUGGCCAAGAAGAAGGAGGGGGAGAAGAAGAAGAAGCCGCAGCCCCUGUGCCCCUAGAGUGCCCCGCAGAGGAGCCCUCCGACGUGCUCCGCGACUGCCCCGAGGCGCCCCAGCCCGAGCCCAUCAAGAGAGACCAGCCCAGCCCCGGCGUGAGCAGCGCCGAGGACUCCGGCGUGGAUGAGGGCCAGGGGAGCCCUUUGGAGAUGAGCCAUCCCUCCGAGUUCAGGGUAGACAACAACCACCUCCUCCUCCUCAUGAUUCAUGUCUUCCGGGAGAAUGAAGAGCAGCUCUUCAGGAUGAUCCGUAUGAGCACAGGCCACAUGGAAGGAAACCUGCAGCUCAUGUAUGUGCUGUUGACCGACUGUUAUAUCUACCUGCUCCGAAAAGGGGCCACGGAGAAGCCGUACCUCGUGGAAGAGGCCGUCUCCUACAAUGAACUGGACUAUGUCUCGGUCGGCCUGGAUCAGCAGACGGUGAGGCUGGUGUGCACCAACCGCAGGAAGCAGUUUCUUUUGGACACGGCGGACGUGACCCUGGCAGAGUUUUUCUUGGUCUCUCUCAAGUCAGCGAUGAUCAAGGGCUGCCGGGAGCCCCCCUACCCCAGCGUCCUAACAGAUGCCACCAUGGAGAAGCUGGCGCUCGCCAAGUUUGUGGCCCAGGAAUCGAAAUGUGAGAGCUUAGGAAGCAAUGGGUGCAUGUGGGUGGAGCCGGGAGUCCCAGAGCUGAUGAGUGGGUGCUUGGGGGGGUCGUUUGGGGGAGCACACUCAGGGCUCAGAGGUGUCAGCAGAACCCCAGGUCAUGGAGGCAGCUGUCGGGGUCACCCUGCCACCCUCCUGCUCCCAUCCCUCACCCUGUCUCGCGGUUGGCCCAGGGGAGAGCAGUGUGGCGGCUGCCGGAGGUCCAACACCACGGAUCGGCCACACGCCUUCCAGGUGAUCCUUGCAGACCGGCCGUGCUUGGAGCUGAGUGCCGACAAUGAGACGGACAUGGCAGACUGGAUGCAGCACCUCUGCCAGGCUGUUUCCAAAGGGGUCAUCCCCCAGGGUGUUGCCCCCAGCCCCUGCCUCCCUUGCUGCCUGGUGGUUACUGAUGACCGGCUUUUCACAUGCCACGAGGACUGUCAGACGAGUUUCUUCCGCUCUCUGGGCACAGCAGAGCUGGCUGACAUCACUGCUGUCUUGACUGAGCCUGGCAAGGAGUACUGCGUCUUGGAGUUCUCUCAGGACCAAGAGCAGUUCCUCCCGCCCUGGGUCAUCUAUCUGAGUUGCACUACAGAACUGGACCGAUUCCUGUCUGCACUGAGCUCUGGGUGGAGAGCCAUCUACCAGGUAGAACUCCCACACAAGGCAAUCCAGGAAACCAACAAGAAGAAAUUCGAGGACGCCCUGAGCCUCAUCCACAGUGCCUGGCAGCGGAGUGACAGCCUCUGCCGAGGCCGAGCCUCCCGGGACCCCUGGUGCUGAGACCAGAACUGAGCGGUACGCCAGCCUCCUCUCACCUUGGAGCCGGGAACUGGAGAGGCCGCCGGGCUGAGCACACAGUCGCCCUCUCCCCUGGCUUUGGAGGGCCAGCCCCCUUCGGCCACCCGCUAGCCCCCGGGGAGACGGGGUCGCUCCCCGGAGCUGGGUUCCAGGUCUCCCAUCUUAGGGGAACGGGAUAGAGACCCAGAGUGAACCCCGUGGGUUCCGCGGCCGCCCCGCCUCCAUCCUGGACCAGGCAGGCUUCGAGCUGCCUCCCCCUGCUGGGCGGCGCCGACAAUGACAACCACCACAAUGAUACACAGAUAUCCUUCCUUACGGGGAGGCCCGGCUGGCCGGAGGGCCUCUGCUUGGUGGGCUUCAGGGAGCGGCCGACCUGGGGGAGCGGAUGCGUCUCUGGAGCCCCUGAGCAGCCGCGUUCACUUUUUGAGCCUUUCACCCGGAAAUGCCGAGAUGUGGGGACACUAGGGGGAGCUCGCGUGCAUGUCUGCGUCCCUCGGCUUCAUCCCAGAGUGCACGGCUUCAUGGCCCCGCCCUGCGCGGAACGCGUAGGUUGGGGGUACCUUCUCUGGACACGGGGCACCAUUCACUCCUCUCCACCCCCACCCUCGUGACCCUUCUGCUCAGGGCCGGAGGAGAUACCACCAGCCAGGAGGGGAGGACUGGGGAAGGGGAGGGGGGGGGCGGAUGCGCACAAACCCACCUCCAUCCCUGAUCUUAUCUCCUCCAUUAGGAAGACGUCACAAGGCGGCGCCUGCAGGGCAAGGGGAAUCCAGAGAGAGGCUGGGGUGAAGAGGAAACCCUAAGGAAGGGUGGGGGGCGCUAUUCUCCACUCCUCCCCCCCUCAUCCAUAGGAAUUUACAGGAAAAGCCACAGCCCCCCCCACCUCCUGCCCUGCCCCGAGGUGGGAGGUGGGAUGGGAAAGGGUUCGGGUUUUUUUGUUUGUUUUUUUUAAAUAAAAGAUGUUAUAUUA